CAGAUGUCUUAUUGAUUUAGGUUAGAAAUUCGAAAACUAUGAAACCGUUAUAAUAUUUUGUGUCCAAGUAAAAUGAAAAACAAUAACUAUAUGUAUAGUAAUUGUAUUUUUAACGUUUCGAUUAAUUGCGACAUACAAUGAGGAUAAAUUUUGUAUCUGUGAUUCUAAUUAUCGUUGCCUUCGGCGUGCGUACAUCUUCACAUCCCAUCGUAAUGCAAAAUAUAUUGGGACAUUUCGUAAAGCCUAUAAGCAGAUGUCAACAAGAGAUGGGUCUACCCGACACCAUAUACAAUGACUUCUACAAUUUCUGGUCAGAGGACUAUGAGAUAACUAACAACGCGACAGGCUGCGCGUUCAUUUGUAUGGCGGCCAGACUCAAUCUUAUCGUCAACGGACCGAACUCUCACAUCAACUUGGACACGUUCUUUCAAUAUAGCAGAAAACGUGGCGCCGAUGAUGAAACCGCAAAGCGUCUUCUACAACUUUUACGAUAUUGCGAGGAACAGAGCAAAGACGAGAGGGACACUUGUAUGCGAGUUGUGCGUUGCGCAAACUGCUUUAGAAGGGAAAUACACGCGCUCAACUGGGCCCCACCAAUUGUGGAAACCCCAUCACAUUACAGCAACGAAUUAGUGCCUUAAAACAUCUGAGUUAACUAACUGGUUAUUUAACCAAAGGUUUACUGUCUAGAUCAGAUAUCGUGAUCGUCUUGGGCAUACUAAGACAAACAUUGGCGUGCCUGUUUGUUUUGAUCCUAGUAAUAUGGACAAUACAAAUGCAAUUGCAAAAUAUUGCUGACAGUAUGAAAAGCAAAGUUUACAGCUUGAUCUAGCAAAUAUUGCUUAAAUGUGUAAGAACUUUCUGAUGAAAACAAAGGCCGGAGUAACGUUACAGCAAUCGUUAAAUUUUAAUUUGGGACUCUUUAUUGUUAUUUUAAAUGUUCUCUAAUCAAAUCAGUUUUUUUGAUGUUGAAAUUAACACGUUAUAACAUACUAUAUUUAAACAAAUGUUGUCAAAUUAUUUAAUAGAAUAAAGCUAUACGAAUA